AUUUCAGUACCAAAAGCGGUAACCCCGAGCUACACUCAGGCUUACCAUGCGGCGCUGCAUAGGGAUUCCCUGCAGAGCUUACCUUGUCCUUCGCUCCCGCGAUGUGUCCCCUGCAGCGUCCCCGGCCAUCUCCUCCGGCCGAUGCCGGCAUCCGGCUUCUGUGUUCUGGUCCCUGUGACGUUGGGACGUACGGGCGCCGGAACCGGUGGAAAUUUGAAAAAUUUUAAAAAAUGUCAUUUUUUUUCUAAACGAAUUUUACAUAUGCUUUGUCCUGCCCCCUGUCUGCAUUUUGACUGUUCUUUC